CCUCAGCACAUUGAAUUUGCUAGCUACAUAAAACACAAACAAUGUUUGUGGUGAGUGAGGAGCUAAAGGCCAAAGCAGAGGUGUUUCACGGGGACCAAGCAUGCAGGGAGAAAUUCUCUCUGUUGCUGGCAGAGCUAGGCCUCCUUGAUGGAUUGUUGACCAUACAAGACAUCCAGGAAUGCGGAUACGUGAAGGAACAAGGCUUUGUUUGGCUCAAGCUCAAGAAGAAAAGGGAGCACAGGUUUGACAACAACAUACUUGUGUGCUAUGACACAGUGGUCACUGCACAUGUUGAGCCAAACAAGAUCAAGAAUCUCACUGGGGUGAAGGCUAAGGAAUUUUUGGUUUGGUUCGCCUUGAAUGAGAUUCAUGUCAAAGGCCCUCCAGAGGGACCUGUAAUUACUUUCAAGUCAGUGGUUGGUUUGUCCAUGUCAUUUCCAGUGUCAGUGUUCAAAGCUGGGAAUGAAUUAGUACUCCCUCAAAGGAAGAAGAGAAGUGGUGGAGAAUGAUCAAACUGUAAUUAGAGGAAACAAUAAGUUAAUUAAUUAUUGUAAUAAUUUGAUUGUGCAUAUGUUUGAUUAUGCUUAUGUAAUUGUUUAUUUUUAAUAAUUUUAUUUGGCUGUA